GCCUGUUCGCGGCGACGGGCGACAUCAUCCGCGCCCCGCGGACAUGUAUUAUUGAUGCGCUAACCUAUGCGACGGAACAACGCUCCCCGUCGCGCGCGCGAGAGAGAGAGAUCCGCGUACAGUACCGGUGUAACCGCGCGUGUGUCGCGCCCGGCGAUUAAACGCGAGCGUGGAGUGACCGCGCGACCGUCGUCGCGCCGCGCCGAAUUGUGCCCCGCCGCCACCGCGCCGCGCGAAUCCCGCUCUUUGACGACGACGACGACGACGCUGCUCGGCCACCGACGUGACCGACGUCGCGCCGCAACGAGCGUCUCCCCGCGCGCAGCUGUCAUCUCGCGUCGCCCGUCGCCGCCGCCGCAGACGUUCGAUCCGGAGUGCGCGCGAGGAGCUGUGAGCUGUGCCUGCGGACCGUGGCCGAUCGUCCCUUUCGUGCAUGCUGCCCGCGUGCGUCACGAUCCCGACCUCUCGUCGACCGCUGCGUCCUCGUCCCGCUGCUCGAACAAAAGCAACUGUUGUGAUACAUGGAUGAAACACGAAUCGCUAGAUGGUAGAGCGUGAAAGAUUGGACUGUACCAGGUCCAAGAAAAAGAUCAGUGAUUUGAGGGAAGAAACGCGACAGUGUCCACCACGGCUUUCACCGAGAUGGUUGGAUUGGCGGGCGGGGGAAGUCACUUGUAUCCCUCGCCCCCCAUGCAACCAAAUCCCGAGUUGAGAGAGAUGACUGGAAUAGCACCUAGUGCUCCAACCAGCGCUGAUGCCUGCUUAAGCAUUGUGCACUCGUUGAUGUGUCAUCGUCAAGGUGGUGAGAGCGAAGGUUUCAGCAAACGAGCUAUCGAAUCGCUGGUGAAGAAACUCAAAGAGAAGCGUGACGAGUUGGAUAGCUUGAUCACUGCGAUAACUACCAAUGGCGCACAUCCUAGCAAGUGUGUCACUAUUCAAAGAACUUUAGACGGUAGACUGCAAGUGGCAGGACGUAAAGGUUUUCCGCAUGUAAUCUACGCUCGCAUCUGGAGAUGGCCGGACUUGCACAAGAACGAACUGAAACACGUGAAAUACUGCCAGUUCGCUUUCGACUUGAAAUGCGAUUCCGUAUGCGUGAAUCCCUAUCACUAUGAGCGAGUGGUAUCACCAGGCAUAGACCCGUUCUUUACAGACCUAUCCGGCCUGACCUUACAAUCCGGUGUGGGUGUGGGACCCGGCGGGAGACUGGUUAAGGACGAGUAUUCGGUCGGCGGCGGCGGCACGGCUGCCGCGGCAGCCGCCGCCGCGGUCGGAUCCGCGAUGGACGUGGACGGCGAGAUGAAUCAGACGAUUCAGCAUCAUCCGCCGGCUCAGCCAACCGCUUCGAACAAUGCACAACAGGCCCAGCAGGGCUUUAUACCGGGUUUACCACCGCCCAACCCGACCAGUACUGAGGGUAUAUUUAGCGCCGGUGGUGGCGGAAAUAAUGGUAAUCCUCAUGCUAAACUGGACGACAAUAAUUGCCCCAGGCAAACCUGGAUUCCUACGCCUCAUCACUCGGCGGGCCGUAACAUGCAUCAUCCAGUAGUACAUCCAAUGAGUCACACCGUAGGUAGCCAGCAACAGUCGCUGAAUGCCGCAUCGAGCGGAACGUCCGGCGCGCAGAUUCUGAGUCCUGCGCAAGGACAAUCGACCGCCGAUACGUUCUACAGCACUACCACACCCCCACAGGACAUCAAUCAACCCCCGACAGUCGACGCGUUGGCGGCUUCUCUGGGUGAAGGACAGAGUUCUCCUGUGUCACCUGUGCAUCUUCAUCAUCCAAACGGCUUUCCUGUGGGUACAGCACCAUACAAUUCCGGUGCGCCGCAAUGGACUGGUGCCAAUACUCUCACAUAUACUCAAAGUAUGCAACCACCAGAUCCUCGACAUCUUCAUACGACGUCAUAUUGGGGAGGCCACGGAAAUGACGUCAGUGGAAACAUCGGAGGAUUGCUCUCUACGCAACCAGCACCAGAAUAUUGGUGUUCCGUCGGUUAUUUUGAAUUGGACAUCCAAGUCGGAGAAACGUUUAAAGUCAGCAGCGGUUGUCCCACGGUUACCGUAGACGGUUACGUGGAUCCGAGCGGCGGAAACAGAUUCUGCUUAGGUGCCUUGAGCAACGUACAUAGAACGGAACAGAGCGAACGGGCGCGUCUUCAUAUAGGGAAGGGCGUUGUAUUGGAUUUGAGAGGUGAAGGUGACGUUUGGUUGAGAUGCCAAAGCGAACACAGUGUCUUUGUACAGUCUUACUAUCUGGAUAGAGAAGCAGGCCGAGCACCUGGUGACGCGGUACACAAAAUUUACCCCUCGGCAUACAUUAAAGUCUUCGAUUUAAGGCAAUGUCACAAACAGAUGCGAGGCCAAGCCGCUACUGCUCAAGCUGCCGCAGCAGCUCAAGCCGCAGCGGUCGCGGGCCAUCUCACGCAUGGAGCGCCUAUCACCAAAAGUCUCAGCGCAGCUGCGGGGAUUGGAGUUGACGAUUUACGAAGACUUUGUAUCCUGCGUUUAAGUUUCGUUAAGGGGUGGGGUCCAGAUUAUCCACGACAAAGCAUAAAAGAAACACCAUGCUGGAUUGAGGUGCAUUUACACAGAGCGCUUCAGUUGCUGGAUGAAGUGUUGCACACGAUGCCCAUUGAUGGUCCACGAGCAAUCGAAUAAUUUCAUCAACGCGAAGAGAGCAUCACGAUGUUAUUGCUGAAAUCGAGCACGCAAGUUACAUACGUCGUUUGAACAAUCAUAUGAGUAAUUUUGGCUUGGAAACGCGAGUGGACAAACCGGACGGACCAAAUUCAUCAGACGGAAAUGAUCAAGUGAUUGAAAUGCGAAAUUCGGCCGGGGAGCUCGGGGAAAAGAUCUUACGGAAGCUAUUUAUAUAUUUAACGACUCGUGAUAUAAUAAUCUGUGUAGGACAGGGGUUCCCAAACUCUCCGACGUCCAUGUUGCAGAUAGUCCGUAGAUAAAAUAUCUGUAUAUUCUAAAAUUCUAUAUACAUUUUGCAUGUGCAUAUUUUUUUUAUCAAAGAGUGUACAUAAUGUAGCUCAUCUCUAUUUUUUUAUUUGCAAAUAAUUUUUAUUAGAUCGAAGAGAAAAAGGGAGAGGCCAAUGCGAGUCAUCACACAUGAUGUAUAAUUCGUUAUUAGAUAUAAAUCGCACAUGAUUCGUUAUUAGAUAUAAAUUUAUAUGUUAAUUGAUUGAAGUUGACUAAUUGAAGAUUCUCUUAAUUAUUCUUAUACUAUUGUCCCGGAAUUUCCGUAGGUAAACGAAAAAAAUAUAAAACGGGAAUGAUUAAACCAGAAUCUAUUUAUUAAUCUCUUAUAUGUAGAGUGUGACUUUAUUAAAUAGUUGUUUACGUAAUAUUCCUUGCGACAAUUUAGUAUUUUAAUAUCUUUUGUUGCUACUGUUUCUCGGCAUAAUAAACAUAUGAAGAAAUUGAAACAUUUAUAUUUAUAGCACUAUUUCACGCUAUAAAUAUAACAGUCUUUUCAUACCGAAAAAGUUCAAGUUUUAUCUUAACGUUACUCUAUGUGAUAACGCGAUUGUAUUUACACAUGUUCAAGUUGUUUUACACUUCUGUUUCGAACUAUAAAGUCAUCGUUAUAUUUUUUAUAAAAAUGCGUUUUUUAUUGCAUGUAUUUUGAAUUUAAACAUAUAAGUGUUUUUAACAUGUAAUUGGGUAGAAUAAUUUAAAAAAAUUAGAUUAAAAAGUUCGGUUAAAGAUCCGACAAUGUUGCUGAGUAAUUCGAUGACGAAAGAAGAAAAAAAAAGCAUUGUCGUUUCCCUUUUACUCUGCUCUUCGCUUCGUAGUUUUUUACUGGUUUGAGAACCCCUGCUGUAGGAUAAAAUAUGUGCCACGGCCUUGCACUACCACCAACGUACAAAAGUGAAAGAAACGUUAUUUUUAUUUACGAGAUGUAAUUUUUUACGGAGAGAGGCGACACGACGCGUCUCACCAACCGAGGAGCAGAAGAAAAUAGAACGGCAGUUUUCUAUUUUGCUAGGCGCACGAUGGGAAGAUUCCCUCGGCGACGCGCAGUUCGCUAAGCUCACAGUGAUACCAGUUUCAGAACCAUUACAUAGUCACCUGUUCUUUGAGAUUAGCUUUGUAAGAUAAACUGAACUACUGUCUACAUUUACUUACCGCGAAUGUUAAGCUCAACAUUUAUAUUGGACAAGAGGACGGUCUUAUAUUUCUCUGAAUUUCUGGAUUUGUGGACGGUGAAAUUGAAGAGUAUAUUAAAACUUUCUUAAAUUUUUUAAAUUCAAGGAAAGAAUAAUGGAUUUAUAAGCAAGUUUUAAAGUUUAGUAAUCACACCGAACUGGAAAGAGAAAAUGUGAUGAUUUCGAGCUUUCUGAUAAAAUUUAACAAUUAGAUCUGUGAGUCCUGACGUAAACGUUCAAGGAUCUAGGAAUUCAGAGAUCUUGGACCCCAGGGAUCUCAGAACCCAGGAAUCUUGAAGUCUGAGGAUCUAGGAAUCCAAGGACGUAUAAGAGUCCUAGGAUGUAAGAAUUAUCUUUACGCACGUGUAUACAGUAGGGAGAUUUUCUCUAAAGACACAGUAAUACAUUUCUGCCAAGUAGCAAACGUAGAUCGUAAGGAUCAUUCACGCAUACACUCAGUUAUAAUAAUCCUUCGUAAGGAUAAACUUUUUGUAUUUAAAUUCGCAUAGAAGAGAUAUGAUGUCACACAUUUUUCUGAUUUGUGAAAAGAUCAUACUUAGAAAACGUAUUUAUCACAGUUUAUAUAUAUUAUAGGCAUAGCUCUAGCGAUUAUAUUGGCAGAAAUUUGGUACAGUGACGUUAGAAUUAUUUGUUUAUUACGAAUGGGUAACUUGUUUAUUGUCUGUUUCACAGUUUAUAACCAAAAACUAUUUUAUAUAUAGAGACCUUGAGGUUCUAUAAUGAACAUACUUGUUCAUCUUUUUUUAUUUCUUCGUUUCAUCAAAUAAAAUCUUUUAAUUUCUUAGUUAUUAUUGAUUAUCAUUAUUAUUAUCAUUAUUGCGGUUAUUGGAGGAGACAAUGAAGAAUAAUACGAAAAAUAACAUGUACAACCUGGAGCAAUAACGAAUGCUUAUGUAUCAACAAGUUUUAGAUCUGAGGACACAAAAUUUAAAAAUUCCAGGAUUUUGGAAUAGAGAGAUGAGAUUUUAAGAAUCUUUGUACCAUAUUAUUUAUUAUAUCUAUAUUGCAUAUUGACGCUGAAAGGAAUCGGAGCAGCAAAUUGAAUUUCAUUAAAGCGAAUGAAUCUCUCUCUCUUCGAUUGUGCGUCUCUUCCAAUUAACCGCCGAAUGUUAUUAUUAUUACAGUAGUACUUGUUGAAUAAUUAUACUUACUGUUUACCAGCUAUUUUAUUAAAAAAUAUAA